AUGUCUUCCUCCUUGCUUUCAGAAUCGCUGUCAGAAUCCACUUCUGCGUAUCUCAAUAUCCAACUUUUCAUUUCAUCAUUAUCUUCGUUACUUUUUGUUUUCGCAGAUAUAUCUACGUUCUCUUCGUAUUUUACGGGAAACAACGAGAAGUCAGUCUUUCCGGUUGUAUAUGCUGCUGUUAAGAGCCAGCCAUGGGCAACUGUCAUUGUAAAGAACUAUGAUGAUGCCACCCAAGACAGAGGAUAUUCACAUGCUUUGGUUGCUGGUAUUGACCGCUAUCCCCGCAAGGUAACUAAACGCAUGGGAAAGAGAAAAAUGAAAGAAAGAUCCAAAAUGAAGACUUUCAUCAAAGUCAUCAAUUACAACCAUCUUAUGCCCACAAGGUAUUCAAUUGAUGUGAACCUUGACAAAUCCUGUGUUAACAAAGAUGCCUUCAGGGAUCCAGCUUUGAAACGCAAGGCCAGACGAGAAGUUAAAGGCAAAUUUGAAGAAAGAUACAAGACUGGCAAGAACAGAUGGUUCUUCCAGAAAUUGCGCUUCUAG